AUGUCAAACAUUGUUCAACCUCUUUGCGUUCCUUCUUCGUAUAAAGAUCAACAGUAUCAGGGUACAUCAACAGAUCUUGCCAAAGAUCUUUCCAAUAGUACCACCCUUUAUGUAGGAAACUUGUCGUUCUAUACAACCGAAGAACAAAUAUAUGAAUUAUUUUCAAAAGUUGGUGAAAUAAAAAGAAUUAUCAUGGGAUUGGAUAAAUUUCAAAAAACCCCUUCUUAUAUUGCAACAAUUAUAAGAUAUUAUCACCAUCAAGAUGCAUUGGAUUGUAUGAAAUAUAUAAACAGCACAAAACUAGAUGAGCGAAUCAUCAGAACUGAUUUAGAUCCUGGCUAUAGAGAAGGAAGACAAUUUGGAAGGGGAAGGUCCGGUGGGCAGGUUCGUGACGAAUAUCGUCAAGAUUAUGAUACGGGCCGUGGUGGAUGGGGUCACGUUCGUGCGCGACAAGAGGCUGAAAGAGCGAGACGCCAGAAAGAAGAAUAUGAAGCUAUUACUACAAUUCCCGUUGGUGCUGGAGAGUAUAAAGGCAAAUCAACAAUCACAAAGAAACAUUCUAGAAAUGAAGAUGACGAGGAUAUUUCCGAACUUUAUGGUGUUCAAGAGAAGGUCAAGAACCCUCGAUUUAGAGAAGGCAGAUCAGACGAUGAAGAUGAAAUGCAGACUGACGCAUGA